AUGCCAAAAAGUUACAGGAAUUAUUCUAAAACAGCAAGGAAUCCAAAACGUCCAUUUGAAAAGGAACGUUUAGAUCAGGAAUUAAAAUUAAUAGGUGAAUAUGGAUUAAAGAAUAAAAGAGAAAUAUGGAGAGUUCAAUAUUUAUUAGCCAAAAUUAGAUCCGCUGCAAGGUACUUAUUAACCUUAGAUGAAAAGAGCUCUAAAAGAAUAUUUCAAGGAGAAGCCUUAUUAAGAAGAAUGGUUCGUCAAGGAUUGUUAGGAGAAAAUGAAGAAAAGUUAGAUUACGUUUUAGGUUUAACUUUGCCAAAAUUAUUAGAAAGGAGAUUACAAACUAAAGUUUUUAAACUUGGAUUAGCAAAAUCUGUACAUCAUGCAAGAGUAUUAAUAAGACAAAGACAUAUAAGAGUUGGUAAACAAAUGGUUGAUAUUCCAUCAUUCUUAGUUCGUGUUGACUCAGAAAAACACAUCGAUUUUGCCACGACCUCACCUUUUGGUGGUGCAAGACCAGGAAGAGUAAAGAGAAAAUCUUUAAAAAAACAAAAAGAAAAAACUGAAGCCGAAGCAGAAUAA